AGGCCUUCCUCCCUGCCCCGUGAUCCAGCCAGCUGCCUGAUUGUGAGUUGGUAUGGCAGAGGAAGGUGAUGUGGAUGAGGGGGAUGUGUUCCUGGCAUUUGCCCAGGGUCCCUCUCCUCCCAGGGGUCCUGUGCGACGUGCCUUGGACAAGGCUUUUUUUAUCUUCCUGGUCCUCUUCCUGACACUGUUGAUGCUGGAGGCUGCUUACAUGCUGCUGUGGCCACUACCAUGGGCAAAGUUAGGGGACUGGCUCCUGGGGACACCUCAGAAGGAGGAGGAACUGGAAUUGUGACCACCUUUCCUAUAAACAUCCUCUUUCCUCGCCAAGGAGCUCUCCCAGAAGAGGAGGCGGAGACCCAAGGUAUUUUCGUCUCACAGACUCUCCUCCAAGUCCCACCCCAUCAUUGCCUAUCCACAGACCCUGCGGGGGGGCCUCCACGACAAAGCACGGCCUCCUGGUCAGCACAAACGGCCCCUCGAGGACCCCCUCCGGAGAAGCAGAACCAUUCGAGUCCCACCAGUUUGGUUGGCCAUUAGUUCUGUGGUGAAGCUUGAAAAGCAAAUCAACAACAGUAGCAAUAAUAAUAAUAACAACACUUUUGCA